CUGGUCUCUCACAGGCGGGUAGAGGCUCAUCUACCUCUGCAUCGCGCUCUUGUAUUCUCCAGGGGUUUUGUUCUUGGGGUUGCCCAAUAUGGCUGCAGUUGUUACCAGACACAAGCAUUUCGGUCAAGAAUACCUCAGUACUGAGUCUAAAUAUGUUGUUCGGGAAUACUCCAGCUCUGCGGCUGAAGAGGUGAAAUAUCAAUACCAAACACAGAAGAGAAUCCAGGGAGUGGUGGAGAAGAAGAUGCCUGAGAAAUACAUCCGUGAGGAGUCCAUGAUCAGGGGCCCCAAGUUUGUGGUUAGACUGAGGUCCCACACAGUGUAUGAAAACAGUGCUAUUAAACUUUUCUGCACUGUGGCGGGAUAUCCCACCCCACAAGUCAAAUGGUUCAAGGAUGAUGUCAUCUUGGACAUUUCCUCUGGAAAGUACUUUGUGGAGAGCAAUGCAGGAUUCCAUGCCCUCACCAUCCUCAAGUGUGCAACUGAUGACACUGCAAUGUACACGGCUGUAGCCUCAAACUCGCAUGGACAGGCUUCUUCCCAGGCCUCCAUCAUUGUGAAGAGGUGCAAAGAGGAAGAAAAGUCCACUCCUUAUUCCUGGAUGCCUUACCAGUAUGCCAUUUUACCUGAAAUCAAGUAUACGAAGAUUAACAUCACCUACACUGAGACGUUUGACGUGACUUUUGGAAAAGAAGGCGAUAAGGUCACUUUGACCUGCAAGAUGACCAUUAACCCCAGCCUGGCUAACCUUCAGCCUGAGGCGUUGUGGUACAGAGAUGAGCAUCACCUGAAAGAGUCCAGGUGGGUGAAAAUAGAGUCUGGCGGAGGUGUUGCCAAGCUCACGCUUACUCAACUCGCUAAGGAUGAUGAGGGUCUUUACACCCUCCGCAUGGUGACCAAGGGAGGCGAUGCGGUCCACAGGGCUUACGUCUUCGUUGAUGAUGGUCCACCUCCAGUUCCUCAAGCUCCCGGAGCCCCAAUGGACAUUAAGAUCCAUGAUGCAAAUAGAGAUUAUGUCAUCGUGUCCUGGAAACCUCCUAACACCACCACUGAAGGCCCCAUCGUUGGAUACUUUGUUGACAGAUGUGAAGUUGGAACAGAGAACUGGGUGCAGUGUAACGAUUCCCCUGCAAAGAUCUGCAAAUAUCCCGUGCAGGGCCUGUUUGAGGGACACUCUUAUUACUUUCGCGUACGUGCCGUCAACUCUCGCGGCAUUGGCAGACCCUCCAGAAUGUCUGAGCCCAUUGCUUCUCUGGACCCUACAGAGUUUGAGAGACUUCAUGCCACAAAACUCGGUGGAAGACUUGACGUUGUGACUUACUAUGAUGACCUUGAAGCCGAGGGAAAAGCUCCAGGACCUCCCUCUAAAGUCUGUGCUUCAGAGACGGACCGAACAUAUGUUGUGCUCAGUUGGGUCCCUCCAGUCUACCAUAGCAAAGCCCCCAUGUGGUAUUGCAUUGAGAAGCUUCAAGUUGGAGCUGGAUCCUGGCAGAGAGUGAACACUAAAGUACCCAUCAGAUCUCCUCGCUAUGCCGUCUUCGACCUACUAGAGGGAAAGGACUAUCAGUUCCGUGUGCUAUCAUCUAACAUGUAUGGCGUCAGCGAGCCUUCCGAGCCCUCCAGUACUGUAACAACCCUGCAACUGAAGGGUGUGCCCUCGGCUCCUGGACAAGUCGUUGCAACCAGAGAGACAGACACUUCUGUUCUAAUCCAGUGGGCGCCUCCAAAGGAUCCCAAUAACCUGAUUGGAUAUUACAUUGAUUCUUGUGUGAAAGGAUCUAAAGACUGGACCUCUGCCAAUCACAAGCCCCAUAAGCAGACCAGGUUUGUUGUGCACGGACUGACCACGGGUGAGACGUAUGUCUUCCGCGUUCAAGCCAUCAAUGAGCUGGGCCUCAGCGACGAAUCCCAGGAAUCGGCCCCUCUUUCUGUGAGAGCGGCUCUUAAGCUGCCCUCUUCCCCUUAUGACAUCUCUCUUCUCUACUGUGAUGGGGAAUCCAUGGUGCUCAACUGGAAGCUGCCCAUCCAUUCUGGAGGAGCAGAGGUCACUGAUUAUUACAUUGACAAAUGCAAUGUGGCCAAGAAGACAUGGAAGGAGGUCAACAUCCCAUCCAUUAAGGAAAGACUGCACAAGACUGGAGGUCUGACAGCUGGGUCAGUGUACCAGUUUAGGGUCUAUGGAGCUAAUUUGAUUGGACUGGGUGAUGCCUCGACCCCUAGCGCUCCCUUCAGAUGUGAGGCUUGGACCAUGCCUGAGCCAGGUCCAACCUAUGACGUGACCUUCACUGAAGUAAGGGAUGAUUCGGUGGUGGUGGAGUGGAAGGCUUCUGUCUACAGCGGCGCCAGUGCCAUCACUGGAUUCUUUGUUGAGAAAUCCAAGCAAGGCUCUAAUACCUGGAGCAAAGUCAGCGAAAGUUCAGUCAACCACUGCUAUCUCAAGGUCAAGGGUCUAGAGACAGCCGAGUCUUAUGUAUUCCGUGUGCAGGCAGAGAAUGCCCAGGGCAUUGGUGUUGCUUCAACCCCCUCUGACCCUGUGUGCAUCAAGGCACUGCCAGGCACCCAGGAAAUCAAAUGUGGCGUCGAUGAGGAAUCAGGUGACAUUUAUCUCUCUUUUGAGAGCUGCCAAAUGAUGGAGAAAUCAAAGUUUGCGUGGAAGAAGUCCUACCAAGAAAUUACAGACUUCUCUAAGGGAAUCGUCAUCAAGACAUCAGGCAGCCACUCAACUUUGCUUUUUAAGAACCCAGACAAAGAGGAUUUGGGCACAUACUCUGUGUCUGUUACACAUACUGAUGGUGCCUCCGCCAGCUACAAGAUCUUAGCAGAAGAGCUGGAGAAGAUGUUGGCCCUCAGCUAUGACAUACGCAACCCAAUCCUGCAAACUAAAAUGAGUCACGAUGCAGCUACGGGCAUUAUUGAGAUGGUGAUGGAUCAUUUCACUGACGACAGCGAGGGCACUUUCACUGUGCAGAUCCAAGAUGGCAGAGCCAAGGCCCAGUCCUCUCUGGUGCUGAUCGGAGACGCCUUCAAGGCAGCGCUGGCUGAGGCGGAAUACCAAAGGAGGGAGUACAUUCGUGUGAAAGAGGGUCCUCACUUUAUGGAGUUCCUGUCCGCUCAAAUUGGGGAUACUGCCUCUGUCACUCUUGUUUGCAAGGUGGCUAAUUUGAAGAAGGACUCUGUGUUCCAGUGGUAUAAGGACGAUGUAGAGGUGAUUCCUGAGGUGCCCGCCGACUUGAGCUCAGGAGUCUGCAAGUUCCCCCUUACUAAUUUCUCCAAGAAGGAUGUGGGACUAUAUAAAGCAACCAUCACUGAUGACAGAGGUCAAGAUGUGUCACAGAUUGAUGUUUCUGGCAAAGCUUUUGAUGAAAUCAUUAACGAGCUCAGUCGUAUCUCUGGAUCCACCGCCUCCGAGUUGUCGAUUCAGUGCACUGCGGAGGGCAUUAUGCUUCAGUGCCAUAUGAAAUAUUACACAGAGGAGAUGAAGAUCCAUUGGAAACAAAAGGAUUCUAAAAUCAGUGCAUCAGAAAGGAUGAGAAUUGGUGGCAACCCAGCAAUGGCAACUUUGGAGAUAGUCGAAACGACUGAUAAGGAUAAAGGAAUGUACACUAUUGAGAUUGUGGAUCCUGAGAAGACGCAUUCUCGUACCCUGGACCUCUCCGGAGAACUCUACAACAACGCCUACGCAGAAUUCCAGAGACUCAAAGUGGAAGCAUAUGCUGAAAAGAAUCGUGGCAAAGUGGUUGGUGGUCUUCCUGAUGUUGUAACUAUCAUGGAAAAGAAGACUCUGAGUCUGACCUGCACAGUCUGCGGUGACCCCAAACCUCUGGUCAGCUGGUCUAAGAACGAUCAAGAAUUAGAACUCAGUGAUCAGUACGUCAUUGCCAUGGACUCGGGUAAGUUCGCCAGCCUCACCAUCAUAGGCAUUUCCCUGGAGGACUCCGGCAAGUACACCAUGACGGUCCUAAACAAGUACGGCGGCGAGUCGGUGGACAUCAUCGUCAGCGUGUACAAACACGGCGACAAGAUUCCAGACAUCAAACCCACACCCUCACCCAAGAGGAUCAUGCCUCCCACAGUUCCCAUCGUAAUUCCCACUGCCAAGACUGCCACCCCCGCCCCUGCUGCGGCCAAGUCUCUGGCUCCUCCACAAAAUGCCAAAUCCUCUACACCACCCCGCGGCAUGAAGUCCCCCACUCCCACCAGGAAGAAGUAACAGCACACCUCUUUCCUCUCGCUCACCCCAACAGCACAAAAAACCUAGAUUUACAUUUCUGGUAGGAAAUAUCAGUGUUUGCAAGGCAGCAAAGGAAGUUUAGGUUAAGGUUUUAAUUUCGAUUUGGUGUAAACAAAAUGCCGUUUUGCCAACAUCAUGACACAGCACAUCAUGUUUCCACCCGCCUGUAAACAGGAAUCAGCAUAGUUCAUUAUAUGGCUAUAAAAGAGUAAAUGUGCAUACUACAUUUGUUUGAAAAUUACUUCACAACCAUUAAAAAAAGUAUGUUCUGUAUAUCAUGAACAUGGGUAGUAUGAAUCAAAUUCACACUUGUUCUUACUGUCACUUGACCUACCAGCAUCAAUGUGAUUGCUUCACUGCCAUUCAAAACUUGUCUUCUACGGCUUCAUGGGAUAGUUGAGAGUCCAUCCAAUGUGCACCCUCGAUUCUUGGUAGAUAAAGUAGGUAAUCUGAGUACUUUUUGCUUGCUGUUUUUCAAAUACUAUGAAUUUGGACCUAUUACUCUUUUGGUGUACUGAUUUUCGCAUACUAUGGAAGAAGUAGUAUUCCACAAGAACAGAAGUAGGCAUAUUCCGAUUCAGUGUUUGACUCUGUGUUGUUUGAGCAUUAAGACCAGCUCGACACAUCAACUUUUGCACAACCAAUGUUGUGAGUUUAGGGUGGGGUUAUUCAUCUGUGCUGUAGUGCUUGAAACCUAGUUGAAAACUAUUCCAUUUGGUGACACUAAUGAUGGAGAAUUUACACACUUUAACUGAAGACAAGACCAGUUGCAAUCUGGUAUGCAAAAAUAAGUAAAUAAAUAAAAAUAAAACUUAAACAAUUAUGUGCCUGUACGAAAAGUGGUCUGGGCUGAACACAUUGUAGAACUACUUAAGUCUGAGGUUUAGAACAAAACUUUAGGAAUUCAGUGAUAUGAAAUUUCUGCCUGAUACCAAAAUGCUGAUCACUAUUUUGAUGUUACGACCAAUAACCAAUAAAUAAUUCAUAGUAAAAUUGUAUUUUGUGCAAUAAAUAAACACUGAAAUAAAAUCAACAAGUAAAUGUAGGCAUCAUCUUCAUAUUAUAAAUUAAACUAGGAAAGAAUAAAUUAUUAAUGCUAUUAAAAAUGUACGUUAAGUGAGCAUUAGACAAUGGCAAAUUUAAACUAAGCAUAAAAAUUAGUCAGAAGUGAACAUGCACAAAUAAUAUCCAAUAUUGAUCAAGACCAAAAAAAGUAAAAACCUAUAAUAUCAACACAUAUGUUGUGCAUCGCUCAAACUCUGACCAGAAUAAUUGAGGAAUAUCAAUAUUAUGCUGCCUUGCAAACACUGUGAUUGAACUGUAGUGCAUAAAUCAGGGAAUAAAGAGAGUAGAAUUGUAAAGUAGGUAGUAUUUUUCACCCAAAAUGCAUCAUCGUAUCAUAAAAUGAGCAAGCAUCUAGUAUGAAAAGAAAGAGAGUAGGGAGUAUGUGUGAGGGAGGGUAAGGCAAGUUAUAUUUAGUGCCAAGAAAAAAAUGUGUGAAACAGUUUGUCAUCUGGGUUGCCUAAGCUGCGUGGGCCUCUAAUGAAUUUGGCUCCUUCUCCCCUGAGGUGCUUGGGGGGAAAGCUUUGAUGUUAGUUUAUUAAAUCUAUGUUUAAAAGCUGCUCUUUCAGUUAGCCACUGGAAUCCGGAGGCUUUUUUGCUUUCUCCGGUGGAUGGAUGGCCUGAGAGUGCAGGACCUCCACUUAGCCCCCAGUUACAGCCACGAUACCAUCAGUGCUCCUCUUAACCUCGUCUCAUGUGCUUGCCCUUUUCUCCUGGUUUUGUGUUAAUAAAAGAGUUGGAAAUCA